GGCAGACACACAGCUGGGAAACUUUGGAGACUGGGAAGCUGAACACUUCCCUGUACUGGUUAAUGAAGUGAAGUAGCAGUUUUCGUUCUCUUCUGUAUAUUAAUUUUACUUUACCCAGCUGGGCCUUGGAAAGCAUUCGUUGGGUGUGGUUGAUGGAAUCACCUUUCUUUAGGAUAACGUAACGCCCAAGCCAGGGUUUCCUAAGGUCAACAGACCUGCAAAGAUGACAAGAUGCUGCUCCUUCCUUCUAUUCAUCAUGGCACUAGCCCUGGCUUGUGUUCAUGGAGAAGAUUUCUCAAGGUCUACCAGUAGCAGCAACAUUCAUAAGCGCAUGAAGAGAGAAUGGAUCUGGAAUAAUAUGCACAUCGAUGAAAACCUUAAUAAGUCAUUGCCUCAUAUUUUUGGGAAGAUCAAAUCAACCAUAAAGAAUCCCAAUGCUAUGUACGUUAUCAAAGGUGAAGGGGCCGGGACUGUAUUCAGAGUUGAUGACCGUACUGGAGAUGUGUCUGCAACUGAGAGGCUAGACCGAGAAAAGAAAGCUGAAUAUGAGUUGACCGCUCUCAUUCUUGAUCGAACCAACCAAAAUCAUUUGGAGGAGCCAUCCAAAUUUCGUGUUGUGGUCCAAGAUGUUAAUGAUAAUGCCCCAAUAUUUGAACAAAGAGUGUUUAAUGGGUCUGUUGCAGAAAUGUCACCAGUAGGGACUUCAGUCACCACAGUGACAGCCGUCGAUGCUGAUGACCCGACACUGACCGGCCAUGCCGACAUUUUCUACAAAGUUAUUCAGGGAGAAAAGUACUUCAGUAUAGAUAAAUAUGGAAAAAUCUCCACAGCAGUACCUAAUCUGGACAGAGAACAAAAUGCUACAUAUGUCAUUGUGAUUGAAGCGAUGGAUGGCCAAGGCCUUCGCUCAGAAGAUCUCGGCACAGCUAGAGUCUGCAUUAGAUUGAUUGACAUCAACGACAACUUUCCAACAUUUAAACGAAACACCUCCUAUUUUGAGGUCCCUGAAAAUGUCAGAAUAAAUGGUGAAGUUGGUAGACUGGAAGUUGAAGACAUUGAUGAGCCAGAGAACAGAGAUACAAAGUACAGUUUUGUCCGUGGAUCUUAUCAUGAUACUUUUAAAAUAGAACCAAAUCGCUACACAAAUGAAGGAAUCAUUCGACUGAAGAAGCCACUGGACUUUGAAAAGAUCUCCUCCUACCAGUUCAUUGUCGAGGCAACUGAUGCCACUAUUCACCAUGCACAUUCCAAAAAGAAAGGGCCCAAGAGCCUUGCAAAAGUAAACAUCAAAGUCCUUGACAUCGAUGAACCUCCUGUCUUUCACCAAUCUUCAUAUACAUUCAGAGUGCAAGAAGAAAGUGAUAUCAAAAAGACAAUUGGAUGUGUUUCUGCUACUGAUCCUGAUAAAGCAAAACGGGAGAUCAGAUAUAGUAUCCUAAGAUCAACUUAUUUCAAAAUAUCCUCCUCGGGGUGUAUUUUUGCCACAAGGCGUCUGGAUAGAGAAGAAAUCUCCUGGCAUAACAUAACAGUGGCAGCAAAUGAAUUGGACCAGAACAAAAUCCCAAUCUCUAAACUGGAAAGCCAUGUACCAGUUUACAUUAAAGUUGAUGAUAUAAAUGACAAUGCGCCAGAAGUUUCAUUAACUUCCGAUCCUACUGUGUGUGAAAAUGCAGCACCAGGAAAGGUGAUCAUCAGAAUUUCUGCUGUGGAUAAAGAUGAAAUGUUGCCAGGAGUGGAAUUCAAGUAUUCCUUGGUGUCCGAAGACAGCAACUUCACUCUGGUUGACAAUAAUGAUAACACCGCAAAUGUCACCGUCAAGUACGGACAGUUUAAUCGAGAGCUCGUCAAAACCCAUUACUUGUCAAUUGUCAUCUCCGACAAUGGCUUACCCCAGCAGAGCGGCACGAGCACCCUCACCAUCCAUGUCUGCAAGUGUGAUGAAGAAGGCAAUUUCACUUUUUGUGAAGAGAGUGCUAAACAAGUUGGAGUCGCCAUCCCUACGCUGGUAGCCAUUUUUGUUUGCAUUCUGCUCCUCCUCGCGAUUAUCCUGUUAAUGGUCUGGAGGAAGCAUCAGAAAAAAGAUCUGAAUGUUCUCAGGAAAAAUGUAGAAGAAAUCCAUGAGCAGCUAGUGGCCUAUGAUGAAGAAGGUGGUGGUGAAAUGGACACCACCAGCUAUGAUGUGUCUGUCCUCAACUCAGUCCGCCAAAGAGGCAUGACUUCGCCAAGGAUGACCAUGAAGGCCAUGCCCUGUGAUCACUCCCAGCUACAGAAGCGUCCUGGACAUGCACUGUCAGGCACUGGAGAAAUGGGCAUUAUGAUUGAGUUGAAAAAAGAUGAAGCGGACAAUGAUGGGGAUUUGUUGCCAUAUGAUACCCUCCAUAUAUUUGGUUAUGAAGGUGCUGAGUCUAUUGCAGAAUCCCUGAGCUCUUUGGGAUCUGACUCAGACUCAGACAUUGAUUAUGACUUUCUGAAUGACUGGGGUCCUAGGUUUAAAAUGCUAGCGGAGCUGUAUGGAUUAGAACCCAAUGAAGAUCUUGUGUAUUGAGUGCGGUCAACUGCACAUUUUCCCAGUCAUAGCCAUAGACAAUAUGGCGGAGAGACUAUCUGUUCAAAAGGUAGAAUGCACCAGCUCUUCAUACAGUCUUCAAAAACCAGCUGUUCACACAUUUCAGAGCAGGUUUAGAUUGAAACCAAAAUCAGGUUUGUAGAAACCAAAAGCAGUUGUGAUGUUGAGACAAUUAAUUUGAUAAAGGCUUAAAGACUGGCAGCAAAUUUCUUUUGCUGAGUUACAAAGAGAAGUCUUUGUAAGUCCUCUAGUGACGGUUUGUGCAUCCAGUGAAAGGUACACAAUAUUUAGAACUUUGUCCCCUGCCAAAUGUUAAUUCUCUUUUUGGUUACUAUUAUGUUAGUUACCAGAAAGCCUGUGCUUCAGGUCAAAACCCCACCAUUGUGCCAUAAUGAGGCUUUUCAAGGAAUGCCUUAAGUUGUAUGUUUUACUUGAUGGCACCAUUCUCUCUUUUUACAGGCUAAUUUUUUAUACAAUAAAAAACCUAUACUUUUCAAACUCAGUUGAAGAAAUUCAGCUACUACAGGGAACUUUUCAAAGUUAAGAGCCUCAUUAACUGUGAAACUUUUUAAAAUCUUUUCUUCAAGUUGUUGUUUUUUUUCCAAUCCUGGAAAAUUGGGCAUUUCCUCAUGAAGUUUUAGGCACUUCCAAAUGCAAACAGCAGAUUCAUCACAAAUUGGGUACCUCCAGGGUAGCAUAGGCCCAUCCAAGAUACUUGUGAUCAUUUCCUUAAUUUUAUACAUUGUGAAGUAGAUCCUGUGGCUCAAGGCUGGUCCAUGUUACUAAUUUAUCAAGGGAUGCUGUAUUUAAGGAAUCAUGGAAACUGUAGUCCUAUGCGGAGAGUGAAAGAGAAAUCAAGAGCCCGUGUUAGGGACUGGCAUUGUUCAGCACCAGCUGAGCCCAUGUUCCACCCCAAGCCCCACUAUCAAACCACAUCGGCUCUUGAUCCUGUUACUCCUCGUCCUUGUCACUACCUGCUCACCUGCUCCCUUAAAGAAAAUGAGUAGUGACAAAAGCAAGGUGAAGGAUCCUCCAUGCACCUCCCUCCCUUCCUUCUGGAUAGUGUGUGAACUGGACCAGAAGGGCAAGCAGAGGAGGAUCGGGAGGAAGAGGGGAAAGGAGAACUACCUGGGGAAAACCCUCACUGAAUCAGAAUUCCCUCAGUGUUGGUGGGGAGGACAUGAUGGUCAAAUGAUCAUAUUAGCAGCUCCACAAGUACCAUAACUACAGUAUGCCCUGAGUCAGUAUUAAGUUAAAGUUAACUUAUGCAGCAGCUCUCCUACAAUAUCUGUAAAACUGGAGAAAUAUGUGGGUACUACAAGAUUUUGUGCGGUUCAAGAUACAAUGCUGUGAAAGCCAGCAAAUGUCACCAGUAUUUUGCAAAGUGAUAACAAAAGAUACAUUUUGAUGGAACUCUCCUUUCAACCCUAGUUAUAAGACCAAGUUUCAUGGACCAAGCUUAUCAGUCUGGGAAGGAUGGGCCUAGGUUUAAUUUGGAUCCACUUCUGCCCCUAUUGAUGAUGAAAGCCGUGGCCUUCCAUGCCACCCUGUUUUCCAGAAUCUGUCCUGCAACAUUAGGAAAUAGUUUACUGGAUUUUGUGCUGUUUAUUUAACUUUAGAUUUUUGUAUUAUAGUGGCUAAUGCAGACCAGAGAGUCUUCUUAGAAAUACAGCAAGUAGAGCCAAAUUGGCUUGGAUUUCUUAAAUGCUAACAUCCUAGAGCUUAUAGGCCAUGAACACUAACUUUCAAAAUUCUUCUUAGCCAAGGGCUUCACAAGGCACCACUUUAGUAACUCCAAGUUAUACAAUAUUAUAUAGAUUACGUAUCAAUAUAAAGGAUGGACAAAUCUGUCAAUUUUGGAUUUUCCCAGUUUCUCAUUCUUCCAAUCUUGAAUUCAGUUUAGCCCAAACUUGGCGGAGAGGGGUUUGCAGUUUGUAUACAAGUUUGUUUGAUAUGCACAUUUUUACAAGUGAUAUUCUUAAUGCAUGUUAAUUUUAUUUCCAUGAAUAACUUUAAAACAGUUCUACUUUUCCAUAGUAAAGAUUGCUCAAUGCAUUUUUAUAGGAGAACUAUAUUGCAAAAUUCAGAGACAGGAAGAUUUCUAAAGGGAACUGAGACUUGGUAACAUAUUACUUUGAACAUGUGAAAUGAAGCAAAUUUGCAUUAAAAUGCAAAGUAAAUAAAUUUCCUAUUUAACCCUAA